AUGCAACUUCAGUUCCAGCGUGACUGUGACUCUUCCCAUACAGCCUUCAGUGAAGUCGGAGGUUAUCAAGGAUUAUUUGACAAAUAUAUGGAGGCUAUUCCCAAGCGGACACUUUCACCCAACCCUGCCUUCUACAACAUCUCCUCUUCCUGCUACCUGCCCCGUGAAGACUCCUUCCACAUGAUCAGAGAUGCCACCAUGAGUGAUCUGCCCUGGCCAGCUCUCAUCCUUGGUCUUUCCAUCAACUCCAUCUGGUAUUGGUGCAGUGACCAGGUCAUAGUACAGAGGUGCCUGGCUGGGAAGAACUUGACCCAUGUCAAAGCUGGCUGCAUCCUUUGUGGGUAUCUCAAACUACUACCCAUGUUCCUCAUGGUUAUGCCUGGCAUGAUUAGCCGGAUCCUGUAUCCAGAUGAAGUUGCCUGCGUUGUUCCAGAUGAAUGCAAGCAAAUAUGUGGUACAGAAGUUGGGUGUUCUAACAUUGCCUAUCCAAAACUGGUUGUGUCUCUCAUGCCAAACGGCCUCCGGGGCCUGAUGCUUGCAGUGAUGCUGGCAGCCCUCAUGAGCUCCCUGGCCUCCAUCUUCAACAGCAGCGGCACCCUCUUCACCAUGGACAUCUACAAACGCUUGAGGCCACAAGCCAAUGAGAGGGAGCUGUUGAUUGUGGGCCGAGUGUGGAUCUUGCUGCUUGUGGGCAUCAGCAUUGCGUGGAUCCCUGUGGUACAAGUUGCCCAAGGUGGACAGCUCUUUGACUACAUCCAGUCCAUCAGCAGUUAUCUGGCCCCACCCAUUGCUGUCAUUUUUCUCCUUGGAGUCUUUGUCAAAAGGCUCAAUGAGCAGGGUGCAUUCUGGGGCAUGAUGGGAGGACUAGCCAUAGGCAUGGCCCGAAUGAUCCCAGAAUUCGUCCAUGGAACAGGGAGAUGUCUCUUCCAAAGCACCUGCCCUCGCCUGAUAUGCGGAGUCCACUAUCUUUACUUCGCCAUUAUCCUAUUCUUGGCUACAGCUGCCAUUGCAGUGGGGGUCUCGCUCUGCACUUCUCCGAUUCCUGAUAAACAUCUGCAUCGCCUGGUAUUCAGCCUCAGGCACAGUAAGGAGACACGGGUCGAUCUGGAUACGGAAGAGGAGGAGGAAGCAAAACAGCAUAGACAGCGGGAAGCAGAGAAUGCAGCCACCAAGAACGGAAGACCAGAGCUGGUCCUAGAAAUGGAUGAUCCCAAAACAAUGACCUCCUGUGGCCGGCUACGCCAAGGCCUGGACUGGUUUUGUGGAAUGAAUUCCGGCAGCCCAAAGGAGCCAGAACUGAACCCAGAAGAGAAGGACGAGGAUCUCCAGCAUCUGGCAGGCAUCACAAACCACACGCUGUGGAAACAGGUGGUCAACACCAACGCUAUGAUCAUGAUGGCUCUUGCCAUCUUCAUGUGGGGCUACUAUGCCUGA